AGAAAGCUUCCUUAGAUGGAGCCUGCAUCUUGCAGCUCUUUCAGCUGCAAUCUGCUGCUGUUAUACUGGAGUCCUGUCGGUGUAGUGGUAAGGUGUAGGUGGUGGGGAAGUGUUCUGUAAUCUUAUUAUUGAAUCUCAGUCUAUUAAUGGGUUUAUGUCCCUGGGCUAUGACCAUUAUAAAUCUUUCGUAGCUUUUUAUUUCUUCUUAGGUUAUAGCGGAAGGCUAGAGGGGGCUAGAGUUGGAGAAAUGCACUUCCACCAGGUCAGAUAAGGCUCUGGUAAAGUCUGUUCCUUAAGAGAGACGGUCUUGGUUAUGGAGAUUACUCUAGGUGUAUUUCACAAUGAUUAUUUCCCCCUUCCCCUACCGGAAACAGGAGGGGAUUCUGGUUCUUCAUUGUGAGAACCUGGUGGGCUUUCUGGAGGUAAAACCCAAGAAAAUGUGGAGGUCCCCCAAGAUUGCAGCCCUCACAAUUUUUUCACCCAGGCUAGUCAACACUCAGCCUCAGCAGUUCAUGAAAGUUCAUCUAAAUGUCCCUACCAGUUUUUGGCUCCAGCAGCUAUGUUCCAGAAAUAAUUAUGACACCAGCAUCCAAAGGAAUUCUGCGCCCAUUUUUAAUCGUCUGCGUUAUCCUGGGCUGCUUUGUGGCAUGUCUGUUCAUUUACAUCAAGCCCACCAACAGCUGGAUCUUCAGUCCAAUGGAGUCAGCCAGCUCAGUGCUGAAAAUGAAAAAUUUCUUCUCCACCAAGACUGAUUAUUUUAAUGAAACUACUAUUCUGAUUUGGGUGUGGCCAUUUGGACAGACCUUUGAUCUUACAUCCUGCCAAGCAAUGUUCAACAUCCAAGGAUGCCACCUCACCACGGACCGUUCUCUGUACAACAAAUCUCAUGCAGUUCUGAUCCAUCACCGAGACAUCAGUUGGGAUCUGACUAAUUUACCUCAGCAGGCUAGGCCACCCUUCCAGAAAUGGAUUUGGAUGAAUUUGGAAUCACCAACUCACACGCCCCAAAAGAGUGGUAUUGAGCACCUGUUCAACCUGACUCUGACUUACCGCCGCGACUCAGAUAUCCAAGUGCCUUAUGGCUUCUUGACGGUGAGCACAAACCCCUUCGUGUUUGAAGUGCCAAACAAAGAGAAGUUAGUGUGCUGGGUUGUAAGUAACUGGAACCCUGAGCAUGCCAGGGUCAAAUAUUACAAUGAACUAAGCAAAAGCAUUGAAAUCCAUACCUAUGGGCAAGCAUUUGGAGAGUAUGUGAAUGAUAAAAAUUUGAUUCCUACCAUAUCCACUUGCAAAUUUUAUCUUUCCUUUGAAAACUCAAUCCACAAAGAUUACAUCACAGAAAAGCUGUACAAUGCUUUUCUGGCUGGCUCUGUACCUGUUGUUCUGGGGCCAUCUAGGGAAAACUAUGAAAAUUAUAUUCCAGCAGAUUCAUUCAUUCAUGUGGAAGAUUACAACUCUCCCAGUGAGCUAGCAAAGUAUCUGAAGGAAGUUGACAAAAACAAUAAAUUAUACCUUAGCUACUUUAACUGGAGGAAGGAUUUCACAGUAAAUCUUCCACGAUUUUGGGAAUCACAUGCAUGCUUGGCUUGUGAUCAUGUGAAAAGGCAUCAAGAAUAUAAGUCUGUUGGUAAUCUAGAGAAAUGGUUUUGGAAUUAAAGUUUUUCAUCAUUUGCACACUUGGCAAAUUACUUUGAUGAGAUAUCAUCCAAGUUUUAAGGAUGAAAAGGGAGACAACAUUCUGUUUUUGUGUCACAGUUUAUUUUUAUCACUCUCUCUUGGGUAACGUGUAUAUUUUGAUGGAGAUUUUUAAGAGCUCAGCAUUAGCAAUCACUCCAUUUGGUUUUAAAUUAUCCUAUAUAUACCUAAUUAUGUGCACUGAAAAAUAAUUUAUUCUUUGCUAUCAUUUGUAAACAUUGGUUUUUCACAUUUUUGUAGUUGUUUAUAAUGUAAGUUUGUGAUAUGAUUGCUGUUUCUACAUUGAUCAGCUAUUUAAUCUAUUUGGCAAAUGAAGAUGCACAUCUUAAAAUAUGAAAUAUUUUCACUAAAUGUCAUAAUAUCUAGUUCCAAGUUUGCAUAAUGUAACAAAGGAAAAACAUUUGUAAUUGAAUUCUAACCUCUUUGACUUCGAACUUGAACAAAGUGUAUACCUGUCUCUAUUUGAUCUAUUUUUUACCCGUUUACCACAUUUGUGAAGGCAGAAUUAUUCAUAUAGUGAAUAAGAAAGGUAGUGAGGCAUAACAGUUAUAUUCAGGAAGCUAUUAGACUUCCCAUUUAUUUUCAUUAAGCUGGUUUGCAAAUGAGGCUAUUGGUUCUGAUGAUCUUAAAUUAAAUUAUUCAGGUAUUUUUAAAUAUCCAAUUUGUUGGGAUUUUUAGUACCUAAGAAAUAAUCCUAAUAACACUUAAGAAAACCUAAGAUAGUUCUCUUCCUGAUCCUGAUAAUACAUUGUUAUAAUAAUACAAAUAAUUUCCUCAAACAGCAAAGAAAAACGAUAUGUAUAGAUACAAAUCAUAUUUAUAAAUGGUACAUUUAUGUACAAUUUUUAAUGACAUAUCAAUUUUAAAUAUUUUUUUCUGAAGCCCUAAUAUUUAAAACAGUCUUAUUUUAUCAUAUGGACAAAUAAAUAGACAUAACAUUUGAGAGGUUUGUCUUAUCAUUUAAAAGAACCUAAAUAAAAUUAUCAUCAAGGUGUUAAAUAGAAGAUGUUAAAUGAAGUGCCAAAAUGAAUGAGGUAUAUAAUAAAGUGGGGGUAUAUAGGAAACACACAGUGUUAACACAGAGUAGGAUCUCAAUGUAUAUUUGUUAAAUGAAUAAAUAAAUGGCAUUGAAAGUCAUGAAAAAAUUUUUGUUUGUUUCAAUGAAGUGACAGUUCUAGCCUAGAGGCACUAACUGGAGAUGAUGUUUCAUAUUCCACUUUAGCAAUUAUUCGUAUAUAGUACAUAGGACCAUAGCCCUCAGGGCUUUACAGAACCAAAAUAAACUUAUCAUUACACUAAGUUUUUGGAGAAUUCAUCUCUGGACUUGGAGUUGCUUUAUAGCAUUUCUCAUCCAUAAGGUUGAAGGCUGGAUAUAAGCAGAGAGGAGUAGGUGAGAAAAGAUGGGAUGAUAAGGAUUCUUCAAGGAAAGCAUUCCCUCUAAAAAUCUUUACUGACUUUAUUCCAUUCAGGCCAAAAACUCAUCAAAAGAAUUAAAAUGUUCUGAUGGCAUCCAUUUGCCAGAGAGAGACAAAUUUUAAUUCAGUAAGGAGAUAUGUCCAACAAUCCAGACUGCUCUGUGAGGGAAUGAGCUCUCUGGAGUACCCAAAGGAUUUGAGCAGAGGAAAGGUCUUACAUUGAUGGAAAAUUGUUGGAUCCUCAGGUUUCUUUCUUUACCUGUGAUUGAACAGGGAUGCUGUGUCAGGCAAUGCCCUAACCAGAGAUAAAGAUGAACAAGGUUCAUACUAUCACUGCCUUAAAGGAGCUUACGGUUAAGCAGAGAGAUACGUGAGAGUUUCCUCUGAGUCCAUGUUUAUAUGCACAUACAACUCUCAAUGGAGUUUAUAUGUCACCGCUGAUUUGAUGAAAAUAAGAUAGCAAAUUUCCCCAAAUGCUUAGCUAUUUGACAUGUUUCUAAGCUGCAAACUUUGUUUACUCAUUUGACCCAAUGCAAAUUCCCUUCAUGUUAUUUCUUCUAACCACAUUGCAUCAAGAAAUAGUAUGUCUAUGUGGAUGCCCUCCUAGAUAAGGAAAGAUCGCCACGCACAUUUGUUUUGCCAUGUUAAAAUAGUCAAAUUGAUGUAUUUACUUUGUUGUUUUUUUGGCCUAUAAAAAUUAUAGGGGGUCUGAAGAGGAUGCAUUGCUAACAAGUUUGGAAAGUACCUGCUUUCUUAGAAAGCAGAAAAGUAUUCAAUGUCAUGGCAACCCACCUUUGCUGUGGCAGAUGCUCAUGAUUUCAAAGAACUAAGAAACCUGAGGCAUUGUCUCUGUUAUCAAAUAUAAAUUUGGUUUCUUUCUUAGUCUGUGACUAUAAUCACAAGCUGAAAAUAUGAUUCAAGCCAAGGCAAUAAUAGUAAGUGACUAACUGGCAUCUCUGUCUAUUGAAAACCCAUUACCAAGUCCCAGAAGAAUGUUUUCUGAGUUUGAAGGGCCAAAAUGAAUGAGGUAACUUCAGUUCCACGUCCAUUGAUCAGUGAGUUUUAGGGCUAGAAGGAAUUAUAACAACGUUUACAAGCCAAUCCCUUUAUUCUAUUUAUGAGUUAACUAGAUCCAGAUAUAAUACUUAUUCAAGACAGAUGUUGAGACGCACACACUCACACACCACACAGCUGAUGACACAGCCAAGAUUAGAAUUUAAGGGUCCUAUCUUUAUUAAUCCUGUUUUCUUUUUCAUUGUAUUCUUACCUUAUCAUAGUAGUACGUUUCAAUUCCUAUAAAUGCAAAUGCUGUAUAGGUAUUAUUAGGACCUGUGGAAGCACUUUGACUUUUGAAAAGGUAUACAGUAAACAAAACAUCAAACUUAUUAGCCUUCUUUCUUCUUUAAACAUUUUAGGAGUUGAGCUUUAGCAGAAGGAAAUGGAUUUUCACUACAUUUUAAAUGCAAUAUUUGAAUACAUUGAAAUGCAACCCUCAAGAUAGUGUAUGGUUCUCAGCCGCUCCUUUAAUAAAUCCUGUGGAUUGCAAUUCUUUUUAAGGAUAUCUUAUAGUGAAAGAUAUUGAUUCAACAAAACUGGCUUGCUGCUGGUUAUAAAAACAAAUAACUAUGCCAGGGGAUAGAUUGUGGAUAUAAAAAGAAUAGACUCCUUAAAAAGUUUUAUUUCAAAAUACAAAAUCAAAAACCUUCAAUGGUCUGAAUACUUAAAUAUUAAUUAUUGUAGGCCUCACUAGUAAGAAUAUAUAAAUAUUAACUAUUAUAGGCCUUAAUAGUGAGGCUAUAUACUGAAUUCUCCAUAUCCAGCAGUAUUACACUCUGGAAAAAAAAGAGACUUGACAGUCGUAUUUUAUGAUAGCCAUAAAUUUGACAAUAUGAAAUAGAAACAAAAAAAAUUAUCUUAAUGGGAAACGAAUAUCAGUUUAAAAUUUUUAUAUUUGCUACAUAAGUCCUUAUGCUAGAAUGUACAGAAAUGUUUUCUGUUGUGAAGGCGUAGAAAACUCAGAGUAUUUGAGUGUCAAGCGACAGAAUAUUUGGGAAUUAUUUGCUGAGCCAUUAAAUUCUUGCCUCCAAUUGGAGGUUAAACAUGGGAAGAAUAUUGAUAUCCUUUUCCUGCCUAUUUUCAGACUAGAUUCCGUGAGUCUUAAGGUAAUCACCUAGAAAAUGUCUUUGCAUGAAUUAAUGUUACCAAAACAAGGUUUAGGUUCUUACAAUAUGACUUUGUGCUUAACCAUAUCUUUGAGUUCCCUUGAAAUCUGAUCUCAUUUAGGAACUUCUUAACAAGUUAAUUAUAAUCAAGCUGUCAAAUAUAACAAACUUGAGGAUCUAAAAGAGAAGCAUAAUGCCUAACACAGAGAAGGAUCUCAAAAAAAUGUGUUGAAUGAAUAAACAAAU